CCCUUCUUUGUUGCUAUGUAAUUGGCAGCUCCGCCAGUUCCUUAUUCCUGACUCCAAUCUCAAACCUCAAACUCACUCCCUUUCUCCUUCUUCCUUCUCCGUUCUCUCAUUCUCCCUCAGCCUAAACAAAAUGCCGAUGUGCUUCAGCUUGAUCGCCUCGCGGGACUCCUGCUUCCGCUCCUCCUUCUCCUCCGCCGGCCUUAAGUCCACCACCACCGAUCUCGGCGAAGGCACCAUCAUCCACAGCUGGGUCCCAAAACACCCCUCCCCAUCCAAACCUACUCUCCUCCUCAUCCACGGCAUCGGAGCCAACGCAAUGUGGCAGUGGCACGAGUUCAUCACCCCUCUCACUUCCCGCUUCAACCUCUACGUCCCUGACCUAGUUUUCUUCGGGGACUCAUACUCGUCCCGCAGCGAGCGCUCCGAGACGUUCCAGGCCCAGUGCGUCAUGGGCCUCAUGGAGGCGCAUGGCGUCAGGGGUAAACUGCACGUAGCCGGAAUCAGUUACGGCGGGUUCGUGGCUUACAGCAUGGCUGCGCAGUAUGGGGAGAGGAUUGAGAGGCUGGUGUUAUGUUGCGCCGGAGUUUGCGCGGAGGAGAAGGAUAUGGAGAAGGGGAUGUUUCAGGUGAAGAGUGUGGAGGAGGCGGUGAGUAUAUUGCUGCCGCAGAGGGCUGCGCAGGUGAGGCAGUUGAUGAAGAUUUCGUUUUACAAGCCGGCGACCAAUGUGCCCUCAUGUUUUCUCAACGAUUUUAUUGAGGUAAUGUGCACAGAUCACGUUCAAGAGAGGAGGGAGCUUAUUGAAGCAUUACAUAAGGACAGAAAAAUGUCUAAUCUUCCGAAGAUUACUCAUCCUACACUAAUAAUCUGGGGGGAGCAUGACCUGGUAUUCCCAAUGGAAUUGGCACAUCGAUUGAAAAGGCAAAUAGGCGAGAGUGCAGAGCUUGUGACCAUUAAGAAUGCAGGGCAUGCUAUAAAUGUAGAGAAACCGAAAGAGAUGCAGAAGUACAUGAAGUCGUUUCUCCUUGAUCCACUCCCUCAGCCUAAACAAGAAAAGCAGAGCAAUGGCCACAAGGUGGAUUAAAUUGUGGGAAAAGUUGGUAAAUUAGAGACGAGUUGUUGAUUUUCGAUCA